CGGGUCUCAGCAAAAAAAGUCGAAUUCGACUCCCCGGAUGUCGCUGGACAGCGACGACCCUUUGCAGCAGGCCGAGGAGGUACGAUCCGCGCUGCGCAGCGCGGGCGCGCGGCUGCGGGCAGGAGAUGACUGGUUUGUGCUCAGCAUGCGUUGGUGGGACCUCUGGAAGGACUACACCCACUUCGAUAGGGACGACCUGCCCUCUCAGCCUGCAGUUCUGCAGCGCUCUUGCAGUGGCACGACCAAAGGCGAGCGACCCCCGGAGAUCGACAACUCGGAUCUCAUUAUCCGGCCUGGGAGCAGUCAGCUACAGAGCGGCCUAGGGGAGAACAGGGACUUUAUCCUGCUACCCCAGGAGGCCUGGAAGCUGCUGCACGCCUGGUACGGUGGGGGCCCACCUCUGAGGCGGCAAGUCAUUGGCUCUGGUAGUGCAGACCUGCGAGUGGAGCUUUACCCACUGUGCCUGACAGUGUACAAGGUGGACGACUACGGGGUUCCACUGGGGCUGAAGCUGCAGGUCAUGUUCUCUCGCUCCGCUACGGUGGAGGAGGUCAUCAACAGCUUGCGUGACAAUGUGCUGUUGGGUCAGGAGGAAGCGCAGCUGUGGCACCGGCCCUCGGUGGAGGUGGACCAGACACGGAUCGAUUCCCUGGAGGGAUGGGAGCUGCUGCAGGCAGAGGAGAGCUUGGAGAGUCAGGCUGUGGUGGACGGUGCGUCAAUCCUGCUGGAGGUGGCCACCGGCAGGCCAGUGGCAUCUGCAUCUGACAGCGACAAGAACGCGUGGCCAUUUUUCCACCGCUUACGAGUGGACUGGAAGCAGAAGACCUACAAGGACCCCUCAGACCCAUCUGUGGAGCUGGAGGCGGACGACAAGAUCGAUGCCCUGGGCUUUGAAGACCGCAAGCAGUGGGACUCCCAACAGGGCGAGUACAUUUGGAAGCAGGUGCCCAGUUGGUAUGCCGCGACUGUCGUGGCGGCGGAGGGCAAACGGCUGCUGGUGCAGUUCCACAACCGCGCCAAGCCCAAGGCAAGGCAGCUGGAGCCGUCCUCGCUGGUCGUUGCCGGGAAGGAGCCCAAGGUCAUUGAGGUUGGUAAGCACUACGAGUCACUGGACAGCCGUCACAGCUGGCAUCAGGUGAGAAUCACCAAAGAGUUCAACGAUGCAGGCCAAGUGACGUACGAGGCUUAUCUGCUGGACGAGAACAACACCUGGCCGGUGGUGCAGCCCGAGAAUAUCCGGGAGCUGUCGACCCUCACAGAGGAGGCGACACGGGCAUUGACAAAGGUCUUCGAGCGCUACGCGUCGGGGGAUGUCAUACAGAGUGGUGGCGUGCGGGGGCUUUUGUCCUGCGCCAGCAAUGAGUUUGUCCCGGAGGACUCGCCCAAGAUCGCAGCUCUUCUUAAGGAGCCCUUCGGCACCCCUGAAGGCAUGCCACUUGAGGGCUUCUUGGAGUACUGGCGGCAGCAGAUCGCGGCCUCCGGGGGCAAGGGCUACUGGCUGCAGCAAGAUCUGUCGCGGCUCUUCGAGCGCGCCAAGGUGGAGAUGCGUAGUGAGGAGGAGCAGUUGCUGCAGCAAGGCCGCGAGUGGAUGGAUCGAGAUUCCAACCGCCUGGCGCAGUACAGAAGUAAAACGGUGCCUGGCUACCAGGAUGCCCGUGACUUCCGGGAUUUCCAGCGAUACGACCAGCUGGAUGUUCGCUUUGGCCGGGAGUGGAAGCAAGCAGAGGUCAUGGAAGUCGACUGGACAGAGAUGACCAUCUUAGUUCAGACCAAGCAGGUGAAUUCAGUGGGGUCGCCCUCCCGAAAGGCCCAGAGGGAGUGGAUCCCCAUGGAGUCUGAGCGACUCGCGGAGUACGAGACCAAGAGCCUGGAGGCGCCCCACGAGGGGGACCCAGGCCCGCUGCUGGCGCGGUCCGUGAGCCGGGGGGGCGUGUGCUUGCAGCCCGGGGCCUGUGGCCUGCAGAACUUGGGUAACACCUGCUUCAUCAACUCCACGCUGCAGUGCCUUUCCAACUCCAUCCCGCUGCGAACCUUCUUCGCAGGGACGGCAGGCCAGAAGCCAGCCUUCCUGGAGCAGAUCAGCACCUCCCCACUGUCCACGGAGGGCAGGAUCGCGAGGGAGUUCAGCAAGUUGCUGCGGGACAUGUGGUCCAACGAGAACAAAAGCGUGGCACCAGCUUCUUUAAAGAAGCUGAUCGGCCAGAAACGGCCAGAGUUCAGCGGCUACCAGCAGCACGACGCCCACGAGUUGCUGUGCUUCCUGCUGGAUGCGUUGCAUGAGGACGUGAACCGGGCGCCGUAUCCCUACCCCACGGAGGAGGAGGACGAAGAGGUGCCCAAGUCCGACGAGCAGCGUGCCCAGGAGAUGUGGGAGCUGCACAAGAGGCGCAGCGACUCCCAGAUUGUGGACCUCUUCCAGUUCCAGAUCCGAUCAGAGCUGACGUGCCCUGUGUGUUCCACCGUGAGUGUCACCUUCGACCCCAUCAUGUACCUCACGCUGCCGGUGCCGAAGCCUCCGCACUCGGUGAGCCUCACGCUGGUCGGCUCCGACUUCCAGCCGAGGCACAUGCAGCUGGAGGUGGACAGGGGCGCCAGCAUCGAUCAGCUGGAGACGGCGCUCUGGAAAUACCUGGGUCGGUCCCCCACUGAGAAGCCGUCCUGCUUCUGCUUUGGGGACGUCUGCUACGGGCGCAUCUACAAGCACUUCGAGCCUCACAACUACGUGAGCGAGAUCCGGAGCACCGACAACAUUUUCGCCUUCGAGGUGCCGCUGGCGCCGGAGGUGGCGGUGAGCGAUCACACCUUUGUGCCCUUGGUGUACCGGAAGCGCACGAAGCCCACGAUGACGUCCAGAGAGACCUGGCAGUACGACAAGUUGGACCAGCCCAGACUGGUGGCAGUGGUUCGAGGUGCGCGCAACUGCGACGUGCACCAGCAGCUGCAGGACAUGGCCACGGACCUCCUCAAGGCCUGCGCCAUCCCGGAGCCCUGGAGCUUCGAGAUCCUGACGAACCUGGACAUCUACGGAAGUCGUGCAGGCGACCUGCUGCCGGAGGAUGGCCAGCCCUUCCGGGCGCCGUCGCAGCUGGCCAUCGACUUCUUAGAGCAGGCGGAUCUGCUGAAGGAGGCGUUGCCCAAGGCCUCGAAGACGCCGGCGCCGGGGGGAACCACACUCACCGCCUGCCUGCAGAAGGGCAUGGAGCGAGAGGUGCUCGCAGAGGCAGAUAGCGUCUACUGCAGGAAGUGCAAGGAGCAUAGGUGUCAGAGCAAGAAGCUGGAUCUAUGGUCGCUGCCUCCUGUGCUUGUGGUGCACUUGAAGCGAUUCGGCCGUGAGAGGCUCGACGGGCCCCUGGUGAAGAUUGGGUGUCCCGUUGACUUCUCCUUGGAGCUGGACCUCAAGGACUACCUCUGCAGGAAAGGUGUAGAAAGAACUCGAUAUCAACUCUUCGGGGUGGUCAACCACCAUGGCAACGUCGGUGGCGGUCACUACACAGCCCAUGCGUUGGUGACGCCACCAAGCGGCCCUCUGGAACUGGGUGAUUGGUUCAACUUCAACGACUCCAUUGUGAGCCAGGCGAGCGUGGAGGAUUUGGACAAGGAGGCUGCGUACGUGCUGUUCUUCCAGCAGCUUUGAGGCCUGGACGCUAAGCACCGUGAGAUGAUGGCACGGCAUCGGAAGCAAAAGAAAAGGCCCCCUGUGAUUUUGCACGGGUUCAAGGACAUACUGUGAAUGGAAUCCACAAUGCAC